AUGGCGGACCGAAUGUCUGACUUUGAGUUAAAUCAUGUUCCUUGUGAAGCCAAAGAUUUUAACACUGCAAGGUGUCGGGUUGCACCACUAAUAAUUGAAAAGAUUGGCGGAAUAAUUAAUACUCCAGUUCGAAUAGCGACAGACUCUGGAUUUGUCUUCUGUACACUGUGGCCAAGACAUGAUGGACAAGACAAGAUCGUUCAAAUUGAUGGCCUCGUAACCUUGCCAAACAGCAAGAAAACGAACGUAAAAAACGGCAUUUUUUGUACGAAGAAAAUAUCUUCUAAAGACAUUAUCAUAACCAAGCCCGCUGAUGCAGAGACUAUUGUUGUAUCUUUGUUUUUGUCAAGCUCCAGUUCUAAUGACUGUUUUCACGGUCUGAAUCAGAGUGCCAGAGAAUUGAAGGAGAAAACAAUGGUCCGUAGUAUUUUAAGAGGCUGCGUAAUAAUGCAUGGCUGUGUUAUUCAACCAAAGGAAUGUCGAAACGUUCAAAGACCCAAAAGAAUUGCCAAGAUUUUGAUUGUGUCUACAAAACCGUCAACCCAGUCUUUGGAAGAUCAACCGAUUAAAGUAACUGAUAAAACAGAGAUUAAUGUUAAGUCAGUUAGAUCAGGCCAAAUCCUUGAAGAUGACAAUAAUCAAAUUUUAGCCGGCUUGGAUGAUGUUGCAAGAGAACUUCAAGAGCUUUUAAGUUAUCCCUUUCUAUACCCUGGGGCAUUUGCGCAAUUAGGACUUGAAUGCCCUAAGGGAAUUUUACUUCAAGGGGCUCCAGGUGUUGGAAAGACACUCCUUGUCAAGAGCGUCACAUUGCAGUGUAAUGUACAGCUGAUAACACUCAAUGGAACUGAUGUGUUCAGGCCACAUCCUGGGGAGAGCGAAGAAAAUUUGAGAAAAAUGUUUGAGACUGCGAGGUGAGGUAAAUUGCCAACAAUAUACAGAACACCAAGGGCUUAUCACAUUGCAAUAUUACCUCCAUAGUUUAAUAGUACAGGAGACUGGUGAGGAAAGCCGGCAAACAUCAAAGUUGAAAACAACAGUGCUGCAGGUUAUGUUGGAAGCUCCCUGACUGUGCACAAUCCUUUGUUUUGUGUUCACAAAUAUUGUGACUGAAUAAAUUAAUGCAAUGUUUCUAUUGGUCGGUAAGUUCAAAAUGAUGGGAAUGCUAUUGAAUGUUGUGCACGGUCAGGUCCAAAAAAGGUAACAAAAUCAUAUAACAAAGGGUUUCCCAGCCAUUCCACUUUAAUUAACUAUGGUUACCACGCACCUGCAGCUCAUGGUUCCACUUGAGUUUUAAACAUUUGAUACCAUUUCUAUGUUCUAUAAGAGUACAUAGAAAGGAAAAUUGUUUCAAGUCUGCCUUAAUUCCUUGGAACAUUAUGUAUAAUACCUGCAUUGUUGUGUUGGUCCUUAUAGCUUGAGAAUACAGCCAACAUUUUCUAUGCCACCACUGGUUUUCCUUGAAAUGAUGUCUGAGGAAGGAGUAGCCUGCAAACCAGGUGUUUUUUUAAGAGAAGCUCAGAUGUAUAUUAAUCGUGGCUGCCAUCUUGACCUGAUCUCUCCCUUGGAAUCAUUUUUUGACUUUCCCCAAUUCUCUGCGAGUUUCAAUGUCCAAGAUGGAGGAAGAACAGUAGUAUCAUCAUUUACAAGCUGCAAAAUACCCCUGCUUUACAGGCUGAGGAAGGAGUCUAGGUAUGGGUAGUGCCUCUUAUUGGUUAAAGAUUAGCUUCUUUCAGUCAGAAGCACUACCUUGAUAUGACACGUCAUCAGUGUCGAAUUUUUGCACUUGUUCCUCUGACAUCAUUUCAUAGGAAACCAGUGGUGGCAUCAUGAAACGUUGGCUGUUUUCUGUGGCUAGAUUCUUUAUAGAUGAAAAGUGUUAACCCUUUAGGUCCCCAAGAGUGACCACCAUCAAUUUUCUCCUAACAACAUUGAUCAGCAGAUCAUCAAGAGUAAAGGUUAUGAGAAUUACUUAAUUGAUUACCAAAGAGAGAAUACUUUGAUCUUAAACCAAAUUCUCUAAACUAUUCUUAAAAGAAAUGUAUGGAGAUAAGUCUGGAGAAUUUGUAUGUGGAUCUUGAGACUUAAAGUGUUAAAUGUAUUUGAGAUUGCUGGAACGUUUCCUUUUCUUUAGGAAUGCUUCACAGUAUGGUCCAUGUGUCUUAUUUAUUGAUGAACUUGACGCUCUGUGUCCUAAGAGAGGAAGCAGUGUUGAUGAGCAAGAAAACAGAAUUGUUGCACAGCUUCUGACUCUUCUUGAUGGUUUGGAAUCCAGAGGUCAGCUUGUCAUUAUAGGAGCAACAAAUCGACCAAAUGCUAUUGAUCCUGCUCUUAGGAGACCUGGCAGGCUUGAUAGAGAGGUCAGAAUGAAGGAGAUAUUUAGCUUUGUUAACAGUGUUGAGAAUUGGCUGAAAUUUUAGAAUUGAUCGUCUUAAAGUAAAUAAUUUAAAUGACCCAACCAAUCAAUCAUUUAUUAUAACAAUAAAAAAAUUCUUAAUUAUAAGAAUUCCAUUCAUUUUUCCUUCAUGUGCCAUUCAAACCACUGUCUCACACGAAACGUGUCUGAAAUUUCAUGAAAUUUGUAUAGGUAAUAGCAUGAUUUGUGGUGAUAUUUGGCAUAAAUACCGUGAGUGAUAUUUCGAAAUUGUUAUACGUAAAUUCACGAGCCGUUAGGCGAGUGAAAUUUGAGACAAUUUUGAAAUAUCGCAAGUGGUAUUUAUGCCAAAUAUCACGUACAAACCAUGCUAUUAUUUGUUUAUACUACUACCCACAAAAGGUUUGUAAUUUUCGCAUGUAGGUAUUUCAAAUUAAGCUGAAAUACCACUGCUCUAAGCCAAUCAAAUUGCAGUAAUUUCUCAUUCAGUAGUAUAAUAAAUGAAAACUGUCAGGCAAUGCUUCCCUUUGGAGCUCUUUGUUUGUCAUGCAAAAAUUAUUGUUCUGACUGUGUUAUUGUAUAAGAGGCUCACGGCGAGUUUUUUUUUUGAAUGUUAAUAAUUUAUAGGUUAUUAUUGGAGUUCCAAAUGCUCUCCAGAGGCUUUCCAUUUUAGAAGCACACACUGCUUCCCUGAAGAUAGCUCAAGGAGUCGAUCUGGCUCACCUUGCGGAACUGACUAUUGGGUAUGUGGGUGCUGAUAUAGUUUCUUUGUGCAGAGAAGCAGCAUUUAUUUCUCUGAAAAGGACUUUAGGUUGCGGUUACAACAAAGGGCUGGACAUUUCAAGUGAAUGGGCAAAUGUGGAAGGUAACUAGAAAAUUGUUUGUAUAGGUAAUAGCAUGAUUUGAAGUGAUAUUUGGCAUAAAUGCCACGAGUGAUAUUUUGAAAUUGUUAUACGUAAUUUCAUGAGCUUUUAGGAGAGUGAAAUUUGAGACAAUUUUGAAAUAUCGCAAGUGGUAUUUAUGCCAAAUAUCACGUACAAACCAUGCUAUUAUUUGUUUAUACUACUACCCACAAAAGGUUUGUAAUUUUCGCAUGUAGGUAUUUCAAAUUAAGCUGAAAUACCACUGCUCUAAGCCAAUCAAAUUGCAGUAAUUUCUCAUUCAGUAGUAUAAUAAAUGAAAACUGUCAGGCAAUGCUUCCCUUUGGAGCUCUUUGUUUGUCAUGCAAAAAUUAUUGUUCUGACUGUGUUAUUGUAUAAGAGGCUCACGGCGAGUUUUUUUGAAUGUUAAUAAUUUAUAGGUUAUUAUUGGAGUUCCAAAUGCUCUCCAGAGGCUUUCCAUUUUAGAAGCACACACUGCUUCCCUGAAGAUAGCUCAAGGAGUCGAUCUGGCUCACCUUGCGGAACUGACUAUUGGGUAUGUGGGUGCUGAUAUAGUUUCUUUGUGCAGAGAAGCAGCAUUUAUUUCUCUGAAAAGGACUUUAGGUUGCGGUUACAACAAAGGGCUGGACAUUUCAAGUGAAUGGGCAAAUGUGGAAGGUAACUAGAAAAUUGUUUGUAUAGGUAAUAGCAUGAUUUGAAGUGAUAUUUGGCAUAAAUGCCACGAGUGAUAUUUUGAAAUUGUUAUACGUAAUUUCAUGAGCUUUUAGGAGAGUGAAAUUUGAGACAAUUAUGAAAUAUCACAAGUGGUAUUUAUGCCAAAUAUCACGUGCAAAUCGUGUUAUUAUUUGUUUAUACUACUACCCACCAAAGGUUUGUAAUUUUCACAUGUAUUUUAAAAUCAAGCUGAAAUACCACUGCUCUAAGCCAGUUAAAUUGCAGAAAUUUCUCAUGUAGUAGCUCUGCUGCCAAAAAUUUUCCCCAAACUCAAACAAGUGAGCCUGCCAGCAGGCUAGGCUGUUACAUGUGACAAACUCUUCCAUUUUGUAAUGGAAAGAAUAAUGAAAUGGCUCAACAACAAAUUAUUGACAGGCAAAACACUUUUUAAUUUAUUUCCUUGAUUUUGUCCAGUUUUUACCAGGGGCAAAUUUUAUGCCCAGUGCCUUUGAGGGUUGUCCUGUCCCAGACAAAGUUUGAAAAAUUGUGACAAACCAUCUGCAUUUUUCAAGCGUUGAUGAUGACAGAAAAUUUGCUAGUGCAGAUAGACCCUGAGCCAAACUGAGUAAACUUUGAAAUAAUAAAUUGUAACAAUGAAAGCAUAUAAUAUAUUUUAUUUUAUUUUAUUUUUUAUUAUUUUUUUGCCACACAGCAUAAAUUACAAGUAGUCACUCAAGUAAAUCAUCAAUAAAUCAAUAUUCACUCGAGUAAAUCAUUGCAUUGUUCCAUAUGCCCAAAUUCCCAGUUUCCAAUUACCAAUGGUUAUUUACCAAAGCAACCUUUUUUGAUUUAGCUGUAUACAUGUAUUGGGAUUUUUGAAAACUGCCCUGUCCAUCCUGUCCAUUUCUUAAAGUUUGUCUGUGUUGUUGCUGUGUGUUGCACAUGCAAAGUUGUUGUUUUGCCAAUCUCAACCUAUUGCUUUUUUGACAUAAUUUCUUGUUGACAUCGCCAUCGCCAUUGCUUAACUGCUUCCUGUCUUACCCGUAUCAUUACUUAAUUGAUUAGGCCAUUGUUAGUCUUUUCAUGGUCAAUGGCCUAUCCUGCUGGUGUUUGGCCAUUAGGAAGUUUAAGGCAUAAAUAUUGCCUAUGCAGGGCCAGAUUAAACUACUUAACAGUUAUUCCAUAGCCCAUGAGGCUGAAGACCAAAUGGGCUAUUGACUCAGAGGCCAUGAGGGCGAGAGGAAAUAAUUUAUUGUUUUAGUAAAAUCCAACUGGUUGGUCAAAAAUAUCGAGAUUAAACAACUUUAGCUAGCCAAAUACGAUUCAGCUGCCAUUGUUUUGGUUUUCAAAGCCGGCGCUUUUCGCUACUAGUGGGCUAUAACAUGUAGCCUAGUAGUCGCUCAACCAGUCAAAACGCAGCAUUGAUAAUAGACCACUAGUUGGAUUUUACUAAUGUCUGAUAGCCUGGGGCUAUUGGGGCCCCAAGGGGGUACUCCAGAUUUCAAGUGCCAGAGAUGAUCGAAAGGGGGCAAAAAUCAAAACCCAAAAACUUCCGUAGGGCUUCCAACAAAACCCCAAAAAUCCCUGGACCAAAAAUUAACCUCCCAAAAAUCCCAUGUCAGAUUUUAAAGCCUUAAACAUUUCACUGCCAUGAAUCUUCAGAUUGUUUUGAAUACCCAAAAAAAUCUCUUCUUAAAUCAAGCCAUCUCCAAAAAAAUACUUGCCAAAUUUUUCUUCCAAAAAAAACACCUUAAAUGGAAAAUAUCAAACCCCCCAAAAAACUUUGAUCAUCUCCAUCACUUGAAAUCUGUGGUACCCCCCUGGGAUUGGAGUGUCCUGUCAGCUGACCAGCAUAUUGUUAAUAAAAAAAUGCCUGGUGUUCAACCAACAUUCGCUGAGAAAAGGAAAUGUUAUUGAGAAGGGGGAUUUCAGGUAGGCCAGCUGCUUGUCAUACUGCUCCAGGCUAAAAAAAUUCAGCAUCAGUGAUCUUUUUUUAUUUCAUCUCACCCUGCUGUUAGCAAUAAAUAUAUACAGAACAGUCUGAAAAAGAUCAUGAUUUUAUAGAAAUCUACUGAGAGUGACCCCUCCUUUCUUGUUAGAAGACAGAGCUAAGGUAACCAUGGCCGAUUUUCAGCUAGCCCUGUGCCAUAUUGUUCCUUCUACAUAUCGUGGCUUGGAGGGAAUGGUUGAGUUGCGCCCUGUUAACUGGGAUGACAUUGGUGGGCUGCAAGAUGUUAAACUAGCCCUCAAACAGGUGAAACUUUCGCAGAUGCAAGAUAAUACCAUAAACUGCGGCUUAUAGGCUCCCCCACUUAUAAGCCCCCCAGUUAUAGGCCCAAUGUCCACCUGUAAAACAAUAAUACGUCAGAUUAUAAGCCUCCUCUGCCUUGUAUUGAAAUGAAUUUAAUUUAUUAUUAAGUUUUAAAGCUUAAUUAAAAGCCAGUAAAUGUACUGCUAUACAUGUAUGUACAUCUAGCUUGUUUUGAAGCGCUUUUCCUAUUCUAGUUACAAGUGUCUUCAGAUGUAAGCUCCUCCGUUUAUAAGACCUUGUAAAACCCGUUACAAAGAUGUAUAGGUACUAAAAGUAGAAGAAUAUUUUAAGUGGUGUGUGAAAAGGUUUUCCAGCACAUUCUUUCAAGAAGUAAGUUUCUUUUAAUAAUUCCUGCAAAAUGCAUUUAUGCUUUGCAAAAGACAUCUUUUCUUUUGUGUCUUUGUAGAAAAGUCCCAAACUUUGUCUUGCAUUUCAUGAAGGUAUUAUGCAGUCAGGGUGAUUGAUGUUUCUAUUUACAGGCAAUUGAAUGGCCAUUAAAGCAUCCAGAAUCCUUUGCACGCCUGGGUCUUAGUCGCCCUAGAGGUGUUCUACUGUAUGGCCCACCAGGGUGCUGUAAAACCACACUUGUACGCGCAGCAGCAACAUCUUGUCAGUGUACCUUCAUGGCCCUCAGCUGUGCACAGCUGUACUCACCUUUUGUUGGAGAUGCAGAGAGGAAAUUAAGAGAGGUGCGUUAAAAGUAGAAUUUCUUAAGUGCCGUUAACCGAGAGAACCUGGGGACGAGUUUGAGUUGUCGGCAGAAUAUUAUUUUACUUGUUUCACGGCGAACUAUUGUCUAAAAAACAUAAGAAGAACAGCAAGAAGGCAACUCGACGGACAACAUCUGCUAUUUGGAGCAUAUUUCGAGACGUGAACAGCCCUUUAUCUCCUAAGCUUCCCGAUAAACAUGCACUAUUGAGAUGAACGUAACAUUGUCGGAGGUAAGCAUGUUUUAGCUUGUUUUUAUGCUAGGAAAAAAUUUGAAUGAGUAAUAAAAGAAACAAUUAUUGAUUUCGGCUUUCGUAUCACCUGAAGAAUUAUGGAGAUCUCGGAGGCUGUUAUUCUCACUCCUGAUGAUAUGUCUACGUGAAUUAUUGGUUUCAAUAAUUAUUUGCACAGCCUCUCCAGGAAUAGUAAUAAUUAUCAUCAUCAGCAUCAUCAUCAUCAUCAUUGUUAUUAUCAUUAUUUAUAUUUAUUACUAUUAUUGUUUUAUUAUCAUUUUUAUCAAAAUUAAUAUUUCUGAAACAUGUCUGUAUUGUUUCAGGUUUUUACGAAGGCUCGUGCUGCUGCUCCUUCAGUGCUGUUCCUGGACGAGCUGGAUGCCAUCGUGGGCAAACGGUCAGGAAACAGUAGUACUGGGGUCGAGAGCCGACUGCUUUCCACUCUGUUGAAUGAAAUGGAUGGGGUUGGUGUGUUGGCAAACAUCUACCAAUCAGGGGAAAGGAACUCUUGUAACCAUGGUAAUGAACAGUUGAUGAGAAGGGACUGCGAGUCAGGUCACCUUGGAAAUGAGCCCUUUUCGAUUAGAACACAAAGGCUUAAACUUAUCAGCUCUUCAGCUGUAAAAGACGUUGUUAUUGUGGCCGCCACCAACCGUCCAGAUGCUAUUGAUGAGGCUCUUCUCAGGCCGGGCCGAAUUGAUCGCAUCAUUUAUGUGCCACCACCAGACAUUGAGGCCAGGUUACAAAUUCUUAGAGUGCAUACUCGUGCUAUUCCUCUAGCGGAGGAUGUUGAUUUAGAGGAGCUGGGGCUGAGUACUGAGCUGUUCUCUGGCGCGGAUAUUGAGAACUUGUGCAGAGAGGUAAGGGAGGUUAACUAUGUUCAGUCCUAAAAAAUUCGACGUACAAUUGGCGUAAUUGUAUUUACAAUUAUUGAAGAAGGAGAAUGGUAUCAGAAAUUCAAUUCAACAUAAGAUAAGGUAGUUUCUACGUUGUAUUCUAUCAUCCAUUUGUAGUUUAACUAGUUUAAUUUUUAGGGUAUAUUUUUAUUGAGUGUAUAGGCAACUAGGACAUAACAAAAGAUAUGUCCUUUUAUCUUUUGGCAAUAAAGACUAUCGUUUAUUAUUAAUUUAUUCAGUUGUUUCGUCUUGGGAUAGCUGUGAACGCCAUUUUUUUUAGUUUACUGUUUAUUGACCAAGCAAUCUCGAUGAACCUCGUUUCCAAGCAAAUGCACCAUCAAAUUGAAAGUAUAUUGCUCGCCUCCUCCUAAUUUGGUCAAUGCCUACUGGUUAUGAAAAAAUUAGCUGGGAGAUUUGAGCCAAUCAGAAACAGCGAAAUUUUUAGAAUGAACAAUAAAAGAGUUUAUUACGUCUCCCUUCCUCCUCCUCUCCGCGUUUUAACGCAUUCAUGUCAGUCAAAAGAAGAUAAACUCUGAUUUAUGGGUAAUAUUAUUAUGGUUAUUUUUCAGGCAGCGCUGUACGCGUUAGAAGAAGGAGGCAUGACAGUGAGUAAAGUUGAACGCAAGCAUUUCAUGGCUGCUUUAUCCACAGUCAAACCGUCCCUGACAACAACUCAACUCAAAGAAUGUCAGAUGGCACUUCGGUAA